GAUUUCGAAAAGUAGAUCACAUCUGAGUCAUGUUUGUGUGAACUCAAGAUCUGCGCUCAGUUUUAAAUAUUUCCAUAUCUUCACUUGUUAACAACCUACACACAUCAUAUCAUCACUUCCUGCAUCCUCAUAACUUGCAGGUUGUAUACAAGCUGCUUCGACCACCAAUCAAUGGCCAACGUUCUACUUGUCAUCAUCAUGUUACUGUCGUUGUCGAUGUGUUCAGAUGCACAGUUUGAGGACUACUGUGUAGCAGACGAGCAAUACUCGGAGGAGGAGCUGAUGUAUGCAAUGAAGUGGGCGUGCAAGAACGGCGCAGACUGCAGCGCUCUUGAAGAGAAGAAGGCGUGCUUCUUCCCCAACACCACAAAGGAUCAUGCCUCCUAUGCAUUCAACAGCUACUAUCAGAACACCAAGAGCAUUGGAGGCAGCUGCUACUUCAUUGCUGCUGCAAUUUUAACCGCUCUUAAUCCAAGUCAUGGCUCGUGCAUUUUCGUGUACAUCCCAAACCCAUAACAAGAGAAGCACUCAGAUAUUAGGAUUGCAAAUUGAGGUAAAACUAUGUGUUUCUGGGAAACCCUUAGCUUUCUCUAAUGUGGUGCUCGACUUAGCAGCGUCCGUUGUCCAUCAAGCCUAGCCUUUUGGGACGUUUCCGUUUUCUUUUUCCAUACUAUGUGCGUUUUUUUUUUAUUAUUGUUUUUCAAUUUUAAUUAGUUGAUAACUUAUUGUACGCACAAGAAUUUAAAAUUUAUAUAUAUAUUUUUACUAAUUUUAUAUCUUUGUUUAUUUUGA